AUGUUGAGCACCAGUUUCUCACUGUUUUUGACGUCCUUUGUUGGAGUCAAUGUGUGUCUGUUGAUAGGGACUGUUCUCAGCAAAUUGAACAUCAUCACAAGUUACACAUCGCGAAAAAUAGUCCACAUUUCACUUGGGACGUGUCAGCUUGCACUUUGGGGGUUGUAUCCUGAUGAAAUGAGUGCACGUGUCUGGGGGACGAUGUGUUGUUUGAUCUAUGUUGUAGUCUUUCUUGUGUUUGGACUUGGUUUAUUCCAAGGUAAGAUCUGUGACUUUCUUGUAGCGACUGUUUGUCGCAAUGGGGAUUACAAAGAGAUGUUGUAUGGCCCACUGAAUUAUUGUGUGACUGUUUCACUGCUCUCGCUUGUCUUUUGGAGAAACUAUCCGCCUUCAGUCAUUGGAUGUGGUCUUCUCUUGUGGGGUGAUGGGAUGGCUGAGAUCAUUGGGAAAAUGAUAGGGCGAACUGAAGUGAUGAAUCCAUGGGGAAAGAAAAAGACAAUUGAAGGUGCAAUUGCAGUGAUGGUAUGUGGUGCUGUUGGUUCAAUGGUGAUGUGCAAGAUGAUCUUUGGAGAGUACUACACACUCUACUGUCUGAUCUUUGGCUUCGUUGGUGCUCUUGUCGAGUUCUAUUCGUAUCCCAAUUACGACAAUGUCUUCAUUCCACUCUCUUCUGUUGCAAUGGGGUACUUCUUGUUCUAA